AUGUCGGAUCAUGAAUCUAUUGGUGAAACAUCAUCUUGUGAUAAAAUAUCAUCAUCAAUAUUGACAAGUCAAUAUUCAUUUUGGUUGUAUAGAAAUGAAAAAAUCGAAUCAAUUAAUUUAUUUAUUCAACCAGUAUUAUCUGGUGAUAUAUAUGAUAUAAAAGUUUUAUUAAAUGAUUGUUUAAUAUUUCAACGUGCAUCUAUUGAUUAUUCAAUGUAUUUUUUUUCAUUUCGACCAAAUACUUGUUAUAUAAUUAAAUGUAAACAAGAUAUAAUAGGACAUGGAUCUAUUAAACAAUGGAAUAUAAAUGAUGAUGAUGGUAAAAUAACAUCAAUUAUAAUGAUUGGUCUUAUUUAUGUACGUUAUGAUUAUAGAAAAUUUGGUAUUGGAGAAUUAUUAACAAAUUAUAUUUUUAAUAUUAAUUCAGAAGAAAUAAAUUCAAUUAAUGCCAAUAUUUUAAUAGAACAUUUACCUUUUUAUAUUCGUUAUGAUUUUCAAGUAUCAUUUUCUUUAGUUGGUUUUGUUGGAAAACUUAGUCAAUUUUAUAAUAGAAAAAUUCAAAUUGAUGAAGAUAUAAAUAUAGAAUUAUAUGAAUUAUCUGAUAUACUUGAUAUAGCAAGUUAUGAUCAUAAAAUUUAUCCAACAUAUCGUAUUGAAUAUUUUGAACAAUUACGUGAACAUAUUUAUUCAAUAGCUGGUUAUGUUGCACGUUCAAAAAAAACAAAUUCUAUAUUAGGUUAUGUUAUUUUAAAUUUUAGUCAAUUAUUUAUUAAAUGUGGACCAUUAUAUGCUGAUAAUAUAAAUAUUGCUUUAUUAUUAUUAAAACGUUGUGCUUCAGAUUAUGAUGGAAUGAUGUUAAUAUCAAUACCAGAAUUAAAUAGAAAUGCUAUUCAAAUAUUUAAAUCAAAACAUUUUAAACAAACAGAUAUUCUUCAUAGAGUUUAUAAAGGAAAUCAAAUUUUUUUAAAUCAAUUCAUUUUUCAACGAAUUUGGGCUAUUACAGAUGAUUGGCUAUCAUUAAUUUGA